CUUAUAAACUAACCCUUGUGAAAUUGAAUCUUAAUGUUAAUAUCCCAGUUGAAGUAAUAAGCGCGAGUUUAGUUGCUUCAAUUAUUGUAAUAUAUGUACACUUAAUUAUAGUUUGUAUUAAAUACCAAAUUAAUAUGUUUUUUUAAUUGUAUAUAUUGUGUAUAUAAUUUUGUUGAACUAAAAACACACAUGCAAACUCAUUUUUUGUGAAGAAAAACCUGUGAUUUUUUUAAUUCAAUAUACAUWAUGAUGAGGUGGUCAAGAAUGCCAAGACACUUUAUGUCUGUUGUAAGAAUGCAGUCUUCUAGUAUAACUACUACUAAACUAGUUCGCCUCGAUGAAUCAAAAGUGCCCAAUAAUAUUGUAGCAGCUGCUUUUCAAUCAUUAAAAGAAAUUGAUGAUGCUAAAACAAAAAAGUCAUCAUUCUAUAUUAUAAAUAAUACAAUUGAUAAUGCCACUACAGUCGAAGAAAUAUUGGCAAUAUCAGACAUAGGAUUAGUCUCUAAACAACAUGCGCUAAAAGCUGUAUCUACUUUAGCUGAAUGGGCUAGUUCUGGCCGAGUAAAAUUGUCAGAAUUUGAAUCUGAUUUAAGGUUUUUAAAGUUAUGUAGGAUGUUAGGGAAAGAAAAUACGAAAGACAAAGAACAUUUGUUUAGUGAUCUAUCUACAGUCCUUGGAAUUACAGGAGAUGAUGAAGCUGCCAAAUUGAUCUCUUCAAUAAGUCUACCACAAAUGGUCAAAGUAUUAUCAACACUUGGUGCUAAGAAAAAACGUUCCACAACUUUAUUGCGAUUCAUGGUGCCCAGUGAUGAUUUGCCUGCCUUCAUUGCUUCUGGCACAGUUAAUAUUGCAUCUGAAAACAAUUCAGUGAGGCUGUCUUUGAUUGAUUGUGUGAACAAACAAUUGACUCGAAUGUUUGAUGUAUUUAUGUUUGUAGCCAUGAGUAGUGCUAUAAUAAUAAUCAAAGUACUAUUUGUUAUGUUAGAUGCGGAAUGUGCGCUUGAUUCGAAAUUGAACCCCAUACCACUUGAUAGUUCCAAGGUGAAGAGUCCAGAAACACAUUUAAUAGCAUUUAUGUUGACGGGAUUUCAUGACACGUGUCGAGGCUGUCACAAUGAACCUAAUGGAAUUUCAGCACUCAAUGCACGGUUAGCUAACACUCUUGGCUACAAAGUACUAACUGUUCCUUACACAGAAUUAGGAACUAAAGACACGUUAGUUAACAGUGUUCAAUACCUAAAAGAAAGUCUUAAAAAUUUGUUAAGCGAGUCUUAGUAUAAAUAGUUCUGUAUUUUAUGUUUUAUUGUWUGUAUCACGAUUAAAUUCAUAUAUUUAAAAUCAAA